UUAUGAUAUCAAUAAUUACACAAGCACUAUAACAUGUGACCCAUUUUCAACACAUCUACUUCGUACAGUAAUGGAGUAGAUACGCUCACGUUUUGAAAUACGCGUUAUAAGUUUACAUGUUAAACCAAGUUUAUAGAAAUUGAUCAGCGUACGUUCAAUCGAUCGGAAAUCUUUGGAAUACAGUCUCGAUAUACUUUAUUUAAGGUGUGUGUUGACACCGGACUCACAUUGGAUACUAUAUUGAUUAUGCAAUAUGAAUUAUAUUGAUCAUUAGCGCUUUGCCAAUACAUGUAAAUAGAACAUUGUUUAUUGAUAUCCGUCCGAUGUAAAUCCAAUUUGCAUUCAACUUAUCAAUAACAAAUAAAAAAUAAUCUUGACCGUUGUGAAGAACUCGCGUUGUUUAAUAAAAAAUGGAAAGAAACAUACAACUUCGUGUUUAAUUAUCGGAUGCGAAUUCAAGUGACAAACAGAGUAAUCGAUCUUGAGGACAUUGUUAUCGGUUGAUUUUUUUUAAAUUUUAUCACACGCUUGUGUAGCGAGUGAGCCUGAACGAUUGUGAGUAAUUAUAAAUAAUCGACUUAAGAUUAAUAAGUUUCUUCUGUCUACAAUCAAAUCAAAGGAUAAUCGACGAAAAUGGGUAAUUCUUGUAAGAAAAGUAGAGAGGUGACAUCGGAAAGUAACCAAAAGGGAAAGAAGAAAGGGGCAGUGCAUACAGUAACAACGAUAGGGAAAGAAAAUACCCCUCAUGGAACUGAAAAUGAAUGGUCUGUUGUCGGUUCUAUAAACCGUGAUCAAAUAUCUGCCUCACGUAAUGCUGGAAAGCCUCCACAGCGAGUCAAGGGAACUACCGGAUUCUCGACUCAGGGCAGUAUUCCAGGAUCAAUUCCAGCAGCAGUUUCGGACAAAGCGACACUGGGUGAAGCAUCAGAAGAGCAAAGCUACGAGCAGCCUGACGCACACAAGGAUCUCUUAUGUGCCGCAACUAAACAAGACGAGAAUCUGGGCAUGGAGUUCCGUCACAAGAAAAUUGUUGAACAACUCCAAAAAGAGUUGAAAGACUUAAGAAAUCAGGAAGAUGCUUUUAGAUAUCAAAUCGAAGAAUAUAGAAAAGAAAUAAAUCGUCUUAAUUCUGAACAGAAUCAAAAAAGAAAUGGUCAAACGCAGAAACUUGAACAAAAUCAAGAUGAAAUUGUUCGCCUGCGAAAGGAAAAUGAAACUCUCCAGCUACGAUUAAGUCGGAUAGCAGCUGAUCAUCUCAUGGAUAACAAUCCAGACAUAGCGGACCUCAGUGAUCAAAACAGGGCUACCAAUCUUGACGAACAGUUUGGAGAAAUAUACUGCAACGAGUGGACAGUUGCUUUUGACAGCCUUACAGAACGGUUCAAGAAAACUGACCGUGAAUCGAUAGCUUUACUUUUGAAAAUACUCAAGACCAUCAACCAUAUUUGCAAGUCACGCGCAAGAGAUCAGUUACGGACUCUUCAGACGAAAGUAGCAAAAUUCAUUGGCACCGAUGCGCUUCCUCACAACGUAGCAGUAACCCUAAAGGCACUUAAAGACACAAAGAAGAAAUGUUACACAUUCACACUUACAGCAAUACAGGAAGAAAUCAACUCAAAUCUCAAUAACGAGAUAGGACUGGCAGUAUUAGAGGACCACAGCGUAAUGAAAUAUGUGCUUUCCGUCACUAAAGUGUGUUGGCUGAUGAACAUAUCUGAUCCCCCGUUGGUGAUAUACGCAAAGUGCAAACCUGGUGCACUUUUGGACAGAAACUUCUUUAAGGAAUACUUGUCCGCAGGUGACGUUGUUGACUUUUUGGUCUGGCCAGCAUUGCGCGUGUGCAAAGACGGCUCUAUUGUUCGAAAGGGUAUUGCUGAACCAAAGGACACAAACCAAGACGGCCAAUGACACUUAUUCCAAACUUAAAUUUGCAACUAAAGCAGGAGCUCAUGUAACGGACACACGUUUCCUUCUGAAAUCACGUUGUAUUACAGUUACAUUAAGCAACAAAAUAUACUAUUUUAUAGUGCGAACAAAUGACCUGCAUCAAACAUUUAUUUUAUUUAAUAGACAGCACGACUUUUUAUCGACUAAGUUACCGCUGUAUUUAAAUCCAAAGCCCGCCAUAAAAGUCAAUGCAUUAUGAUUUUUUAGGUAAAUUUCGUUUAUUUAAUGGUGAUUUCAAGAUUUUCAAGGACACACAUACUAUUGAAUAAUUCCAUAAAGUGUCGAUUUUAGAUUGUUUUUAUGCUACGGUAGGGUGGCAUAUAGCAGUUGAACUGUCCGUCAGUCAGUAUGUCAGUAUGUCAAUAUGUGUGUAUGUGUGUAUGUCAGUAUGUCAGUAUGUGUGUAUGUCAGUCUGUCCGUCCGUCCGAAAAAAACUUUAACAUUUGCCAUAACUUGUUCACUAUUGAAGACAGCAACUUGAUAUUUGGCAUGCAUGUGUAUCUCAUGGAGCUGAACAUUUUGAGUGGUGAAAGGUGAAGGUCAAGGUCAUCCUCCAAGGUCAAAUGUCAAAUAUGUGGCGCCUGUCCGUCCGAAAACUUUAACAUUGGCCAUAACUUUUUAAAUAUUGAACUAAGCAACUUGAUAUUUGGCAUGCAUGUGUUUCUCAUGAAGCUGCACAUCUUGAGUGGUGAAAGUUCAAGGUAAAGGUCAUCCUUCAAGGUCAAAGGUCAAAUUGAAAAAAUCAAAGCGGCGUUCUCAUUACGCUGCACAUUUUGAGUGGUGGAAGUUCAAGGUCAAUGUCAUCCUUCAAGGUCAAGGUCAUCCUUCAAGGUCAAAGGUAAAAAAAAUAAAAUUCAAAGCGGCGUUCUCAUGAAGCUGCACAUAUUGAGUGGUUGAAGUUCAAGGUCAAGGUCAUCCUUCAAGGUCAAGGUCAUCCUUCAAGGUCAAAGGUAAAAACAAAUUCAAAUCGGCGUUAUCAUGAAGCUGCAAAUUUUGAGUGGUGGAAGUUCAAGGUCAAGGUCAUCCUUCAAGGUCAAGGUCAUCCUUCAAGGUCAAAGGUCAUUUUUUUUCAAAGCGGCGUUCUCAUGAAGCUGCACAUUUUGAAUGGUGGAAGUUCAAGGUCAAGGUCAUCCUUCAAGGUCAAAGGUAAAAAAAAAUAAAAUCAAAGCGGCGCAAUAGGGGGCAUUGUGUUUCUGACGAACACAUCUCUUGUUGGAAUAGCAAUACGAACAUAAAACACUUAAAUGAAACCAACUCACCAUGUCUGUGUAAUGAGAUGUUUAAAUCUAUGUCUAUGACGUUUAAACUAUUAAGUUUAGUUUAGAUAAACAAAAUAGCGUUUUGUUGAGAGAUUUAUUGUUUUUCCAUUAGGAUAUGCUAAACUGUUCGUAUAUUUUACUUUACAUAACUUGACUUCACAAUUAUAUUUACAUAUAAAUCAUUUUUUAUAUAAAUCGUUUUAUUGAGGAAAACAUGAGAUGCCGAUUUCCACGUCUUCAAUUUGGUGUGACAUUUAAGAUAUGAACUUAAAGUUUGAAUUGUUUAAAUAAUCCAUAAGUCGAAGGUAGUUGUAUAUUAUCGGAAGACGAAACAAAAAGAAUCGGGUGUAAUAUAUCGAUUAAAGAUCACUGCCUGUAGCUUAUAUACAGUUAUUGAAUACCUUCGUUUUGAACUGAUCGCCUGACUUUAGUGGGAAGAUUUAACUUCCUUGUCGACAAAGUGAGCAAAUAAACAUAACGCUAGGUUUAAUAAAUAUCAGUUCCACACAAAAGUGUUUUACUAGAGAUUUAACAUACGUUAUUGAUCUGUUGGACGGUAUAUACGUUAAUGUAAACUUAAACGACUUAAGUUGGAAAAUAAAGGUAAGAUAAUAUA